AUGAUUCGCAAGGACGUCUCGGGGCGUCGGCGGCGCUUUGGGGCGGCCGGUGACUUCCACCCUGACAACGCCACCAACAAGACCAGUUCCGUGGGAUCAAUAGCGUCUUCACCUGCAUUAUCGCCAUCCUUCCACAGGAGCCUACUGAAUCUGCAAAAGCAACUUCCCAGCAGGGUGAACAACAAGGAAGAUGACGAACUGGAAUACAUCAGGGUGCUGCGGUCGUGUCUGUCGGGCGCCGCAGUUGACCCCUCAAGUCCGUGCUCCAUUUCCACGGCAGGCAGCGACGGGGAAGAAACGGCCGCAGAACCGCAGAGGAGGUGUUACAGCGACAGCUCGCCUUAUACGACCUUUCAAAGGCGCCAGCGUGCUGGUGGAAGACUGUACGCUGAGAGGCUGCACAGCAGCGAAGGAAAACAGUUCUUCGGCGUUGAAAGAAAGUCGCGCACUGAGCAUGUUGAGCGCCGAGACGUCGCAGAAAUCGAUGGGCACGAAAGCGCAACUGAAGUCUUUCGUGAAACGCCGUACGACAGCGAUGCCCGCGCGGCUUACCCAGUGUAUUAUGAAGGCAGCGAAACAUCCGUGAGACACACGCCUGCCGGGAACACGAACGUCAUUCUGCUGGACGACGGCAACAACGCCGGAGUAGAAGUCUCUCUACGCAAGCUCCGCACCGGCAUGCAGGGGCAGCAGAGGCUGAUCCGGCUGCACAGAGUGGGGACGCACCUCCAGCUGGAGUACUCCGAAGCGGUAGAGGACCUAGAACUGAGCUUUGUGCCCACGAAAGCAAUCGCAACACGGCACGGUGACCGGUACCAAAACGUAGAACAGGUGCCGACUAAGCGGCCCUCGUACGCCCAUCGCACGUCGACUUGCGCGAACGACCAUCUCAUAGCCACGAGCCCAGUGGGCAUGACGGCGCUAUGUGUGGUGUCCGGCGUAUUAGGAGCGGCAAUAGGCGCUGCACUGUACUUCAGGAGUCGCAGCUCGUCGAUGGCGUAA